UUGAAAUUCUGUCUUUGUUCACAUCGAGCCGCGUACACAGGUGCCAUUCGGUCAGUUGGCAGAUGACUUGGUUCACAAAGGAACUCGGUACUCACAAGUAGGCCAGUUGGUGCAUUGGUUGGCUGGCUGUCUGAAGAUGGCAUCAAUCACAUAUGCUGAGAAAUCUAGUUCUCGGGUCUGCAUUGUGGUCCAGCCGCCGGAACGGGUCGGGGCUGGGACAUGGCUCGUUCCACCCUUGGUGGCGCGUACCGACAGUCCGCGAAUUCUUGAAAUCUUUCGAGACAGGCCUGUGGAUAUCUUCGCAACAUUGAUGCUCACCGGCAGUAAUGGGGUUGAUGCGACCGGUUCCAAUAUAGAUGGGAAUCGCAGUGCAAGCGGCCAGCUUCUCGAAUCCCAACCCCCGGGCAGCCAGAAUAAGACGGGCGAUGGGAGCAGCAGCAGCGGCAGCAGCAGUCAAGCCCCACGCCAAUGGAUCUACUUCAUCUUUUCUGGCCUGUCGAUUAAGAAAGCAGGGGUCUAUACUUUUACCGUGGGUGUCAGUGACAUGAAUCGCCAAGCCGAUGAGGUGGAAACCCUGUCCAUCGAGAAGUCACGGGAGGUCAACGUUGUGGAUGAGCAAGUACCACCAGGGAGACCCAGCACUGGAGAGCAGGAAAUCCUGGACGAACUGAAGAAAAAGGAUCUCUACAGCCCUUAA